AUGGCCAUCAAGGAGGCCAAUUGCGACAUGCUGGAUAUCUUCCUCACAGAUCCUCGACCUACUCUCAUCAUCGAUACUCAAGAUGAGAAGCGUGCUAGGGGCGUUCAAGUAGAGUUCGCCAAUGAUGCUUUCACACGGCAAUAUGGUGUUAUAUUGCGCUUCCUCCUCAGUGGUCAGAUCCUUGAGCCAGAUUUUAUACAAUGGCUUAAAGAAGCUGAGCCGAAGAUCGACGAGUACUUGCUGGGUGAUUUGACGUGGCAAUACUUCGUUCUGAAUGGCCGCUGGAAAGUUGCAACCGUUGCACCAACAUACCAAGCAGGACACCUCGACCAAGUUGAUCUGGGAAAGGAUAACGCUCUUGCCGCAACCCAUUCAGAGGGCGACAAACCACCGCUUCGUACUUCAAAUAGCGAUUCUGCCGCUACUCGACAAACUAUCACUGCCGGCCUUACGGUUGCGUUGCCGAGCGGGCUAGUAAGCUUGGGCAGUGCCCCUACCGCUCUCGAAGGGCUUCAUCGCUCGGUCGAUAUGCUGGAUGUCGGUUUUUUCGAGUACGACCUCGACGGAACCUUAAUUUACGCCAAUAAAUCCUGGUACUCUCUGAGUGGUCAUCCUUUUGAUCCCGAAGGACAUACGAAAAUGCGCUUUCUCGACCUCUGUCAUUCCGAUGAUAUUGAAAUAGUCACAAGCGCCUGGAUGCAACUCGCCAAAGGAAAACCUAUCACAUUUGAGAUGCGGUGGAAACAGCAGAAUACUCCAUUGGCACAGGCAUUGGGAGGACAAUGGGUCCAGGCAGCAUGCAUACCACUCUACGAUGAAAAAGGCAAUAUUAAAAGCAUUACUGGAUGCACCACUGAUAUUAACAACCAGAAGUACAACGAGAACAUAGCGAAUUCUAGAGCCGAGGCCCUCGAACGAGCACGAACUUUCGAGGAGAGAUUCGUCAAGUUUGCUGCCGUCGCGCCGGUUGUCGUCUUCAAUCUCGACGCGAACAAAAACAUGACUUAUUGUAACGAUCGUUGGUUCGAGGUCACAGCAACUUCGAAUAGACCAUUCGAAGCUAUUGAUGUAGCUGAGGGAUUCUGUGAAGAAGAUAAGGUCAAACUAUCCUCAAUAGUCGACGAAUCCAUCAAUAACCGUGAGGUCAAUACUGCAGAAUUGCGGGUUAAUAAAGCCUGGUACGCUUCGGAUGGUAAGCGUGCGCAGGCUUGGGUGUUGGCAAGCAUUUUUGCAGAGUUCACCAACGAAGGCACAGUGCAGGGAUGCACGGGCACACUGACCGACAUUUCCGAAUUCAAAUAUGCAGAAACUCUGCAAAGGACACGACUGAAUGAUGCUAUAGAGGCUAAACGACAGCAGGAGAAUUUUAUCGAUAUGACAUCGCACGAGAUGAGAAAUCCUCUGAGCGCCAUGGUACAAUGCGCAGAUUCGGCGUUGGGAGCAGUCAGUGAAUUAAGUUUACUCAUCAAAUCUGUCACAGCUCCUGAUGACAUUUUCAUACCACAGCUGGUCACGCAGACGCGUCUUAUCGAGGAAGUCGAUCUUGCCAUUGAUGGCCUGCAAACCAUUGUUUCUUGCUGCGCCCACCAAAAGUGCAUUAUCGAUGAUGUUCUUACAUUGUCCAAGCUAGAUUCGAAUCUGGUGUCGAUCACGCCUGUGGCCACUGAACCUUCUCAAGUCAUGCACGAGGUCGUCAAAAUGUUUGAGAUGGAUGCUCAAAACGCUGACGUACGGUUGUCAACAAACGUCGAUAAGAGCCUCGACAUGUUCAACAUCAAGUGGUUGAUGUUCGACCCUUCCCGUAUCAAACAGAUUUUGAUCAACCUUAUGUCAAACGCCAUCAAGUUCACACGCACGGAGGAUAUACGCGAAGUGGUUCUCACAAUGUGCGCCUCCUUGGAACAGCCAACUUCGGGUGCAGAUGGGAGGAUUAAAUACGCGCCACCAUCACGACCAGUACCGGACGGACUCCUCGCCGAACCAGAAUGGGGCACAGGCCAAGUCGUCUAUCUUCAAUUUUCGUUGCAGGAUACAGGCAGGGGACUUACCGAGGCAGAACUGCAGAAGAUGUUCCACCGCUUUUCCCAGGCUAGUCCCAAGACACAUGUCCAGUAUGGAGGAUCAGGUCUAGGACUCUUUAUCACGCGACAGUUAGCAGAGCUACAAGGUGGGGAGAUAGGCGUUGCAUCUGAGAAAGACAAAGGCUCUAUAUUCGCAUUCUAUAUACAGGCAAGGAAGACGAUUGAUCCAGAGCCUGGUCGUGACGGUUUGACGUUAUCAGGAUCAUCGCCAAUGGGCCGCACCUCAUUGCAUCCUCAUCGAACGCCGUCCAUUGCUGGGGCCAUGGAUGUAGCUAGUAACAUCGUCCUGGAUAAGCCGCGACGAAUUAACCACUCUCGUCGCCCCAGCCCAACUCCUCCCCCAAACAUUACACCCAGUCUUCCACCAUCUAUCACGACUCAACCAUGGCAGCCCACUGUCCUGAUAGUGGAGGACAAUAUGGUCAAUCAAAAGGUCCUCAGCACCCAACUCAAACGCCUUGGAUGCCAUAUUGCUGUCGCUGGCCAUGGGCUCGAAGCUCUCGAGUUCCUCAAAACUACAGACCUUUGGCAUCCUGAAUAUGUAUCUUCUGAUUCAUCUACCUUGACUCUCACGCCAACCUUGUCACGCCAUGGUACUACCAUCGAUGUCAUUCUCAUGGACAUCGAGAUGCCAGUUAUGGGUGGCCUCGCCUGUACUCGCGCGAUUCGCGACCUGGAAAAUAAAGGCAUUAUUCAGCGACCUUCACGUCGACCAUACGAGCAUGAUCGACUCCCUAUAAUCAGUAUUAGCGCGAAUGUAAGGAGUGAGCAGAGUAAUGAGCAGAGAGAGGCUGGUGUGGACGAUAUCAUUACUAAACCCUUCAGGAUACCACAAUUAAUGGACAAGAUUUGGCGAUUGACAGGAAAGAGAGAAGGAACAGAGGACGAAAAGAGAGAGGAAAAGGAGAAGGAGAAAGAGGAAGAGGGAAGGGACAAGAUGGUACUGCGGCUGAGCAAAAGACCACCAGUCACGUCAAGGGAUUCGAUGCCAUGA